GGUAUGCCGGUUCUGUUUGGAUUCGCCAUGUAUACCGGGGGACCACAGGCAGCCUUUGCAAACUGGACCAUGAUUGGAGGCUUCGCACUCAUCGUGUCCCUGGCCAUGGCUGAGAUUGCUUCUGCCUUUCCUACCGCCGGUGGCAUCUACUUCUGGUCCUACCGCCUUGGAGGGGACAAGUACGGCCGUUUCCUCAGCUGGAUGACGGCCUGGUGGAACUGGGCCGGGUGGAUCUGUGUCGUCCCAGGUGUCCAGCAGGGCGCGACCAAUCUCCUGAUCAGUGGCUUGGAGGUCAGAUAUCCUGACUCGACCGUGAUAUACACGGGAUGGUUCUCGUGGCUGCUGACGGCGAUCGGCAUGAUCUUUGCCAUGCUGCCCAACGUCCUGGGCCAGCGCGCCCUGAAGCUGUACUUUCGCUUCGCUGUCUUCAUCUUCUUCGUCCUUUUCGCUUUCUAUUGGAUAUGGUUCCCUGUCAAGGCAGCGGGCAACUUUCAAUCUCGAGAGGGUGUCUUUGGUCGAUUCUACAACGGAAUCAACGAGGGCACCGAGAAGCAAGCUUCUGAUUCGUAUGCUUGGGUCGUCUGUAUUCUCUUCGGCGCCUGGGAAUUCUAUGGAUACGAUGCAUCAGCUCAUCUUGCCGAGGAGACUCACGAUGCGUCUGACACUGUAGCAAAGGGCAUGUGGGGAGCGACGCUGUGUGCGUGGACUUUGAUCAUGGUUCUGUUUUGUAUGCAGGACUUUGACGCCAUUGUCUCUGCCGAGUACACCAACAAUUUUGCGGAGUACCUGGUUCAGCUCCUAGGGGAGAACGGAGCGGUAGCUGUCUUGGUCAUCUUGUGGAUCGACUCGACUUGCGCAACCGCCAGUUGCUUCAUGUCGGCACAACGAGUCACCUUCGCCAUUUCUCGAGACGACGUACUCCCCUUCUCCAAGUACUUCCGCAAAUUAAGCAAGAAUAAGGUUCCAGUCAAUGCCGCCUAUCUUGUGCUGUUCCUAAGUGUGGCGAUUACCUGCGCAGUCAUCGGCUCGACUGUUGCUUUCAGCGCUAUCACAGCUACCGCGACCAUCGCGACGAAUGUGUCCUACCUUUUCCCAAUUGCGGCAAGGCACACCAUCGGGAGGCACGACUUCAAGCCGGCUGGGUUCAACCUUGGAAAGUGGAGCGUCGUCGUCGGAACCAUCUCUUGUCUGUAUAUCAUGUUCCAAUUGAUAGUGCUUGUCUUGCCACAGGUGUAUCCCGUCAAUGCGCAAACUCUCAACUACGCUCCUAUAUGCAUUGGGAUUGUUACUAUUGUCAGUUUAGUUGGCUGGAUUCUUCCCUUCGGUCUUGGGGGUCGACACUGGUUCCAGGGUCCGAAGAGAACGGUUGGGGUGUCCGAUCUGGGAGAGCAAAGUGAGACUUCAAAGGAGUGA